AUGUGCAAGUGGGACGUCAAAUAUGAUGCCAAAUCCAACGAGCGCAAGGCGCUAAUCGUCAAGGACUGCGGCGACAAGUCCUGCCCAGCAUCGGCG